CACCCGUUGCCGUUUUGCCCAUUUCGGGUUUUGAUCUUCGUCCCCCAACCAAGUUACCGUCCGGCUCAAUUUGUGAACAACUGAAAAGCUCUGAAAACCAGAGGAAGGGAAAAGGUCAGAAACCGAUUGGGUUGGGGUUUAUCCCUGUGCUCCGACAUAUCUCCCCUUCCUUCCACAAAGCAGAACGCGCGGCAGCCAUGAAAGCGCUCUUCAGAUUGAACCUCGGUCUCCUGGCAACAUCACGAGCCGGAAAAUGCUUGAUACCACCGGCUCCUCUCAUCUCCAUUUCUAAGUUCGGGAACUCCUCCUACCUAGACUCCAGAGCUCACAAAUCUCUGUCUUCUUCUGCCGCAGCCAGAGCGGGUUGGAUUCUGGGUCUUGGCCAGAAGAAGAAACCGGUCUUGCCAGAGAUAGUAAAAGCUGGUGACCCAGUGUUACACGAACCAGCUCGUGAAGUUGAGCCAGGGGAAAUCGGUUCGGAAAGGAUACAGAAGAUCAUUGAUGACAUGGUGAAGGUUAUGAGGGUAGCUCCAGGAGUUGGGCUGGCUGCUCCGCAGAUUGGAAUCCCAUUGAGGAUAAUAGUAUUGGAAGAUACACAAGAAUAUAUUAGCUAUGCACCAGAAGAAGAGAUUAAAGCACAGGAUAGGCAACCUUUUGACCUUCUGGUGAUCCUGAACCCUAAGCUCAAAAAGAAAACCAACAAGACUGCACUGUUUUUCGAAGGUUGUUUAAGUGUUGAUGGAUUCAGAGCAGUGGUGGAGCGUAAUCUGGAAGUCGAGGUUACAGGGUUGAGCCGUGAUGGUGCACCCAUCAAGGUUGAAGCAUCCGGGUGGCAGGCUCGUAUCUUACAGCACGAGUGCGAUCAUCUGGAUGGAACUCUCUAUGUGGACAAGAUGAUGCCCAGAACAUUCAGAACCGUUGACAAUCUAGACUUACCCCUUGCAGACGGCUGCCCCAAGCUCGGCGUGCGCAAGUAGGUCCAACCAAUCCCAUCAUCAUUCAUCUGAAAGCGAGCGAAAGGCUUCGAAGGCCGGUUGAGAAACAAAAGUAUGACUACUAGUUCAUGUGCUGCUCUGAUUAUUCUUCGAUUCAGACCAAACAUCCAUCGAUUUCGCUGGUGCAAUGUGUUCUGAUAUCUCUAGUAUUAAUUUACAAUCCUUAAAGCAGCAAAUGUCUGGCUAACAGUGAUUCCACAUUUUUCCUCUUACAACUAGUACACACAUAUAUAUACACAAGCCGCAAAAUACAGUCGAAUGCUUUGAUAAGCUGGUUCUGGUUUCAUCUUUUGAAUGGAGAUCGGGAUCUUUUGCUGGACAUACCGCCGCCGCCGCCUUUAUCCCUGCCAUCCCAAGCUGAAUACCAGAAGAAGAGAGACAUCCAUACAAAUACCGCAAAGAAUAUCUGAGCCCUUUCCUGGAAUCUAGAUAUACCCUCCACUAAACCUGCACCACAAGAAGCAGCAGCCACUCACCACCUCAAUAUACCAUUUUUCUGCAGAUAUGUGUUGUGUUAACCUACACCAAUUUACAAGCUCGGAGCUUAAAUGGGUGGACUUUAGUACCAACUGAAGUUGGCAGUCGCCAUAGAAUAUGGAGGAGAGGAAGAGGACCAUGGAAACAGAAAUAUGCAAAAGCGUGGAGGGAUUGAUUUGGAUUCUCACCUCCGAGUGUGAGCGAUUCGUUAUCGGGAGGCGGGUCGGAUUGCGGCGGCAGCUGAGCGAACAGGCGGGAGCGAAGGCGUGUGUAUGGGUUGAGGUUUCUGCAGCCUCCAGUGAAAUAAUAAUUACUCGCUAAUAUAGGAAGAUGAUGAUGUGAGGGCGAGAAUAGAAUUUGGGUAUAAAUUUCCGGAAUCGCUGGCGAACGGCGGAGUGGGCUUGCGCCGCUGCCGGCACAGCUGCCGCUGGUCCAGAAGCAGCGGGCCGCCAUCUCUUUCUUUUCUCUGGUGGAAAUGAAUACAACGAAGCUUUACCUUAACGUAACAGUUAACAUUUAACAGGAGUACACAACAGCUUACUAUCUUUCCCUUUCCGCUUUUUGCAUGGUGAAUAUCAAUUUGAUCAUCAAACUCACAUAGAUGUGUUAUUUGGACAUCAAACUCCUUUUCUCGAGUUAAUCACAGUACUCGAUCGAUUAGAUUGUACGAACCACCGUUAGCUUGCAUGUGUUGUUCCAAUCAUUAUGAAAACUCAUUUAUAGGCGGUUCUUCAUUUUUUUCUUCCCUGUGGGAGGAUCAGUCUAUUAAUAAAUUGGGAAUUACAAUUGGACCAGUUUAAAGAAAGGUUAACUUGAAACAACAUGGAUAUGGAAGUCCAUCAUCGAUCGACAACUCACAAAGAGAGAAAAGAGUAUGAAAAUAAGAUGGCAUAGUAAGUGGAUUGGUUCAUUUUGAGCUCCAAAUUUUCACAUCAUUAAUUUUUUCACAAUAGGCGUGCAAUCUAGAUUCUUGGGCACAAGAAUAAAGACAACCUGGUGGUCUUUGAACAACCAAGUAGACAUAACAUGCUAAACAUCCACUUAAGAUUAAUAAAUAACAUUUUGACCA